AUGAUCUUGGAGGCCACACAUGUUGACAACGAGAAUGCACAGCUGUCAAAGGCGCCCACGCAGCAGAGGCAUCGUGUUGCUGUCGGUGUGCAGGUUGCGCCGCUGACCUCGGGUGCCGCUGACACAUUGGAUCUCACACAACUGUGGCGCACGAAGACGCUGUCUCUUGCAACGGACUUCAAGACGGUCUCUGGUCGGGGCAUCUCAGCAACCGUGGAUGGCAUGCCCAUUGUAAUUGGCAUGCCCAUCGUCAUUGGCAUGCCCAUUGUGAUGUUGGCAAUCCCACGCCAUCAGCGGCAAGUAGCGGCAGCCGAUCAUGGCCUGACCAUGGUCAUGCUCACACGGGCGACAACGAGGGCACUGCGCGGUCCAUUGGGGGGGGGGGCAGAGGUUGGCAUCGACACCGUGCUCGCAGCAGCGUGCAGGAGCUGCAGGCGAAAGGGCGAGGUGGUGGCAAUAGUUGGCGACGGCAUCAACAUUGACCAUCCACUGGUCGUGGCGAGUGGCCACCCCUCCAGCGACCCCGACGACGGAGUGCACACGAUCCGCCAAAUCACCAGCGUCCACGUCUCGGAGAUCCAAUCCAUCGCAACAGCCGCCACUUCGUCAGCUUCUUCUGUGGUCCUGUGGCAUCAUUUUGGCGAGGGCCAUGGCUUCAUCGGCACCAUCAGCGUGUCUGCGAGCGGAGAGCAGCACCUGCUUGUGCCGGAAGGCCGGCAUUUUGGCGGUGUACAGCCUGACCUCCUCCUCAGCCCGACCUCCUCCUCUUCUUCGCUGCGUGUGUCCCCUGAUCCACAGCCCCCUUGCAGCAGAGUGCUCCUGGUCGCUGCCGGGUACGCUGGCGCACAGUGUUUGGGACUCGGACAAGCCCUUGUCGUGUGGCCGCUCUGCCGCCCUCCGUUUGGUGGCCAGCACGAUCGAUUAGCGGCAACAGCGGGGGUGUGCACCAGCCCUGCGAUGUGGAACAUGACAAGUGUUGUCAUUGUGCAGUGGAGCACGCGAGGCUGGCAGCCAUUACACAGCACCACGCCGGCCAGUGCCAGCUUUGAAUCAGCCGCAUCAACACGCGACGCAAAGCACGUGCUCCUGUAUGGCCGAGCUUCGCGGUGCCGGCUGCGUACGGUGUGCCCAGCUUCAACAAGGCCAACACCACGGCCGUCGAGAUCCGCCCUGCUGUGCCCUGAGCUGCCAAUCACCUCCCGUCGAAUUGACGUGGGCAGCGUUGCUAAGCUGCAGCGAGCCGUGCGCAUGUUCGCUGCCAUCCAAGGCCAGCCACGCCCGCACUCCGUGCCAUCUUCAGCACCUCCACCAGCGUGUCCUGGCUCGACUGCAGCACAGAGCAGUGCGUCGUGGACAAGGUGUGUGAGGCCAUCAACCUCGGGGAACAAGCCCUGGCAGGGAAGCCCUGGUCAAGCCGUGUCGUCCCUGACGCACACCCUCGUAGCAGACAUCAUUUUGCUGGUGUGCACGUUUCCAUGCGAGCUUGCGCUUGCGACCUCCACCGCCGACAAGCAGUACAACCACCAGCAGCGGGCAUGA